UCCUUAAUUCACAAUCUCCCGUACGAAUUAGAAACUUAAACGAAAAAAAGAGUCUCUGCGAGACCACCUGUACCAGUACUAUGGGUUUCCAGCCCGGCUAAUAAGUAUCCUGUUUGGAGUUUUCCUGUUGGACACAACCUCCUGCCCAACAAAAUUAGGAGACCAGACAGCCUGAAGGUCAGAAGUUGGAAUAGUUCACAGCUACAGUAUGAUCUGAUGAGAAAGUAUCAUUCUGCAAAGUUGCAAACUAAGAGGCCUUCUAGUGAUUCUGCAAACCAAAAGGCCUUCCAGGUUUGAGACAAUCAGAAACAUCAUGGUUUAAAUGAAGGAAUUCUUUCCUGAAUGGAGAUUUAGUGAUAUGAAUUUUUGUAUAUCUUCAAUUAAAGGUUAAUUGGGUUGCUCUUAAUGUUGUACCUUGUGACCCAAUUUUCAAUCAUGGUGGUAUUGGUUUAUCCAAAGACUCCUCUGUAAUAGGAGACCCUCCAUGACUAUGGAUUCAUACUUUUUGCCCUACUUCUGAUUCACUGCUUAUCUGGGCUAUUCUGAUCAAAAGCUGGAAUUUUUCUUUCCCUAGAGUGAGGGGUCCGGGCGGCAGACAAUUGGUGAUUUGGAACAAAUACAAAUUAGAAUCACCCCUGAAGAUCACAUACCCUUAUUAGGAUUUGGAAGUUGCUCCUUAGUUGUGGAAGGAAUCGCCCUAGCCCUAGAGGAUGUUUCACAAGGCUAGAAUUGAGGUAUUGCUUGUCUUUACAGGAAUUUCUCAGCAAUUCCCUCCCUACCUAGUCAUCCUUCAACUUCACAUUUGUUAGUAAAGUGACCAUUAGAUUUGGCUCAGGUCUAUUCCGUACAUCCAGCGAUUUAGGCUCAUAGGUUUGCAUGAAUGUAGGAGUUUCGACAACUGCAAUUUUCCAUAUCUUCAUUUAGUGCUAAGCUUAGGUUUAUCUAGUCCAGGUUGUCAUGUAAGCAUUUCCUGCAACUGGAAUUGAAUUUGCAAUUUUAACUUUACUUUAUGUCCGGAACCCCAGAGACACUCGACUGAACUCCUUUUAUUUUUUUGCACAAUUAUACUACAACUGCUUAUACUUGCAAGUUCCUGUCAUGAGCAAUCUGUAAUAUUUUGAUAUUUAUACUACUCUAAAUUGGAGGCAGAGACAUUAUUGUGUUUUGCUAUUGAACUCUAACAAAAAGCAUGGUUUGCAAUUUCAGAAUUCUCAUGGGAAUUUCUUAGUGAUGCACGAAUGCCCUCAUAUGGAUUGAGCUUCUAAUAUCAGGGCAAUAUGCUCGUUUCUUAUGCAUUGAAUCUCAACACAGUGUAGAUUCCAUCUUUUGUAAUAAAAGCCCGGUCACUUUAAUUUCCGGUCUCUGCACUAUGGCAGGCUGCUUUAGUUUCACAGAUUUUAGAGACCAAUGUUACCGUAUAUCCUUUUUGAGUGCUGGAUUGAAGUCAAAACUUAUGGAAUUGGGUGAUGGAACCACAAUGCAUUGUUGGGUUCCCAAAAAGGUCACAGACAAACCUGCUUUAUUGCUCAUUCAUGGCCUAGGGGCCAAUGCAAUGUGGCAGUGGAGUGCUCAGAUUCGCCCUUUUAGUGUCUACUUCAAUAUCUAUGUUCCAGAUCUCGUAUUUUUUGGAAAGUCUUCUACAACAAGGCCUGAGAGGACAGAAAUGUUUCAAGCGCAAUGUGUAAUGAAAAUGUUACAAAAUUUAGGAGUUACCAAGUUCCAUGUGGUAGGAGUAAGUUAUGGCGGCUUUGUUGCUUACAGCUUAGCACAUAUGUACCCAGAUGCAGUUCAGAAGUUGGUUCUUGUGGCUUCUGGAGUUUGUUUGGAAGAGAAAGAUUUGCAGGAAGGGCUUUUCAAAAUAUCUGACUUGAAGACUGCUGUAAAUAUUUUACUGCCACAGACUGCUACCAAUCUGAAGACAUUAAUGAAGAUGUCCUUUUUCAAGGCUCCUAAAAUGGUCCCUUCAUGUUUACUCAAAGAUUUCAUAGUAAAAAUGGUUAUAGACAGAAGAGAGGAGAGGAUUGAGUUGGUCAACCACUUGAUUGCGGGCAAAAAAGCUUCUGAUCUUCCUGUUAUACCUCAGGAAACACUAUUGAUCUGGGGUGAACAUGAUCAGAUAUUUCCACUAGAGCUGGGAAACAGAUUAAAGAGGCAUUUGGAAGACAAGCCAGAACUAGUUGUGUUUAGCAAUGCGGGUCAUGCAGUUCACCUGGAGAAAGCUAACAAAUUCAACCAGCAGCUAAAGAAAUUUCUCCUUGCUUCUUCUCAGAAUUAAUUUUGGUUUAAACAGUUCUAAACAUGAUAACUGAUGCCAAGACAUGCUCAACAUUUCUUGGAACAAUAUAUAUUUGGGAAUUCUUUGGUAGUUAAACCAAACACCAUAGUUACUUGGAAACUUGAUGAAAAAAAUAAUAACACAAUCGAAUCCAGAAACAAGAAAGAACAGUAUUAAUGGAUUGCGUAAAUCUGAUGUCAUUAACUUGUAUCCUACACUUAGUGGUCGUCCCCACUCUUGGCCUGCUUCGCAAUUGCAUGUAGAGAUGUCUCCAGAUGCAAGAAGUUUUAGGUGAAGUUUCCUAGCAUUAUUAUACAUCUCUGGGAAGCCACCCUGGAAAAUUGGGAAAUUUUCUAUAUAAGUUUCUUAAAUGUUUUAUCUUUUU